UAUGUUUUAUAGUAACGAAAGAGCUGAGAAAUUAGUGGAAUGGUUUCGAUAAUUAAUUCAAAAUUUCUAUUCUUAAGAUGCACAGAUGAUUACCAUGGAAAUGAACAAAGGCAUUUUGACUCUCCUGAGUGUACCUCAAGAACAGAAUGUGUUUUGUUCCCAAGAGUAUACAGUAUUUUCAUUUCAACAUUAAAGGUAGUAAAUUUCAUACCAAAAACAUUGUUACGAUGUUUUAUGAGAAUCAGUAAUGUAUUUCUACUUAUGAUUUCAUUGAUUAUGAUAAUAAAUCCAUUACUUUCUCCAUACUUGAGUUGGAUUAUAAUUGUAUAAAUCUCAAGUGGUGCAAUUAUAUUUAUUUCCAAUGAAGCUAUAUGUGAUUUUUAAAGAAGAAGCUCUGACAAAAUUAUAAAUCAACAAUCCACUAAAAGAGGUGCCAAAAAUGGUGGUAUAGAAGAAAUCAAAUGGUAAGACAUUAAUAUAGGAGAUGUAUUACUCUUAAACAAAGGGGACAUAGUCCCUGCAGAUAUUAUUGUAUUGGAUACUGGAUAAGUCAGAGAUAGAGAAGCUGUUUGCAUGGUAGAUUCUACUUAUUGUGAUGGAAAAAGUACAUUUACAAAAAAGAAAAGUUGUUAUUUGACUUAAUGUAACUAUUAUCAUAAUAUAAUUAGUAAUUGUUUUAAGAACUAGACAGAAAUCUCAAUUUGCAGAAUAUAGAAAAUUAUUAACUGGUCGAUUAGAAUAUGAAGUACCUAAUGGACACACAAAUAUUUUUCGAGGAAGAUUGAAAUUAAAGAAAGAUCCUAAGGUAGAAUUCUUGUCAAUAGAAAAUCUGAUAUUUAAAGGAUCAACAAUAAAAUAAACUUCAUGGUUAUUUGGAUUGGUUGUUUAUGUUGGUUCUAAAACAAAAAACUCUAUGAGUUCAAAAAAGAAUAAAGCUAAAUGUUCUCAUGAAGAAAAUCUGGUAGAUUUCAUUUCAUUGUUCAUGAUAACGUUAAUCCUAUUUUUCUCUUUAGUAAAUUGAUUUGUUAUUUUAGAUUUCAAUAAUUGUGCUACUAGCCAGAUCAGAUGAUAUAACAUUCGCUUUGAGCAUUGAUAAGAACACAUAGAAUGGAAUGAAGAUAUUUAAUCUUCUCAUUCUUUAUAGUUAAUUUAUACCAGCUAAUAUAUUUAUGAUUCUUGAUAUUAUUAACAUAGUGAACAAAUUUAGAUUUAAAUUACACAGACCUUAAACAUUUUCUGAAUUAGGUUCUUUGGAUUAUAUGUUAUUGGAUAAGACUGGUACUAUUACAACGUCUUAUUACAAAUUAGACAAUUUUUAAUUUGGAUCUUAAGUUUUCAACCUAAAUCAUGAUUAAUUAUUCAAUCAACUAACAAAAAAUAAAAGAAUUGAUGAAGAGGAAGAUGUUAUUAAAUUUGCAUCUAUAUUUGAUCAAGAAUAUUAUAUUCCAAUGGAAUAUGAUACAGUUAAUCGUAGAACAAGUCAAGUUAUUGAUUUGAUGCCUAAUUAAAAUAAAAAAGUAUUAAAAUCAGUUAAAACAUCUAAUAAUCAAUAAUUAUUUAGUUAGGUUCUUGAACAAUAAUAUAAUUUUUAGCCAAAUAGCGUUAGAAGCUAAGAUUUUCAUGAAAUGAUUAGUUUACGUAAAUCUAUGUUAUUUUAACAUAAAAAGAGGAAUUUAUUACAUUAACACUAAUCUUUAAUGAACAAUAAUAAUGAUGAGUUUUUAUAAAUGAUUAAUCAAUAUAAAUAGAAAUCUCCACAAUUAGAAUAUGCUGAAUUAUAAAAUGAAAAUGCUCUUUAUUAUGAUUGUUUUAUGAAAUGUUUAAUUUUGUGUCAUGAAGCAAGACCAGUAUAUUUGAAUGAUGUUUAAUAUGAAUCAUUUUCUAAAAAUGAGGAAAUAGCGUUAGGAUUUGCUAGAUUAUGUGGUUAUUAAUUAGAAUCUUUUAAUAAAUUUGAUAGUCCUGAUGCAUAUCUUUGCAAAAUACGAAAUCAAAAAGUCUAUUAUGAUAUUUUGGGAUUAAAUUAAUAUACAGAGAAUAGAAAUGUUAAUUCAAUUGUUGUUUAAUCAUAAAAAAGUGGAGAUAUAGGUGAUUGGGAUAGUUGUGCUAUUUCUCAUUUAAGUGGAGAAGGUUCUAAAAAUAAAUCUUUACUUAUAUGCAAAGGUGAUUAUGAUGCAUUAAAAAUUAAAUUAUAACUGACUCCAAAAGAGAAAGAAGAAUUAGAAUAACAUAUUCAAAUAUUAAAAAUGAGAGGAGUAAGAAUGAUUCUUUAUGGAACAAGAGUUUUAAAUGAGAAAGAAACUGAAGAGUAUAAAAAAUAAUUUAAUUUAUUGAAAAACUCCUUAACAAAUUAGGAUGACUAAUUAGAAUAAUUAGCCAAUCAAUAUGAAUAAUAAUUAUCUAUUAUUGGUAUGAUUGGUUUCAAGGAGGAAUUAAAAUAAGAUGCUUAUGAGUUUAUCUAAGCUACAAAAAGCUAAAAUAUUCAUAUAUGGCUAUUAAGUGGGGAUUAAGAAGCUUAAACAAUCAGUUGUGCUUAGGCUUUAUAAAUAAAUGAAUCAAUUUAUAACAAAUAUUUAUAGAUAUAGCAAACUGAAAAUGAAAAAAUCUGGUUUUAAUUAAAUACAUGCAUUGGAAUUAUUUAAUCGGAGAUGGUUAAACAAUAAUUAUGUAAUGAAGAUAUUAAUACUCUCAUUAAUUCAAGUUCAACUAUUUAUGAUGGAAUAAAUUACUAAAAGAUGUUAAAGUUUACGCUUUUAGUUAAUGGAAAUUCUUUAAAUAUUAUUUAAAAAGAUAAUGAUUUAAUGAGUCAUUUUAGAUUCUUGGCAGGAAUAUGUAAAAAUGUCAUUGGCUAUAAUUUGAAUUAAUAACAUAAAGAGAUGAUGUGUAAGAUUAUUAGAAAUUUCUUAAAAAAGAAUGUAAUAGCUAUUGGAGAUGGAUAUAAUGAUCAAUUAAUGAUGCAAUAUUCAAAUAUUUCCGUAGAAGUUAUUAACAAUAAGUAUAAAAAUUCGGUAAUUAAUACAGGAGAUGUAAAAGUCUAAUAUUUAGGAGAAAUAAAAGAACUUUUAUUGUAAGGUAAGAUUUAUUAGGAAAAAUUACAUCAUUUAAUAUUGUAUUGUUUUUUUGCUGCAGGAUUAAUGGGAAUGUCAUUAUUCUUUUUUAAUUGGUUUUGUUAUUUCACAUCAACAAGUCUGCAUGGAAGCUUAAAUUUAUUUUUAUAUGUGUAAAUAUUCAUAGGAAUAAAUGCACUUUUAAUAGGAUUAUUUUCUAAUUAAACAUCAUAUUAUAUAAAUCAACUUUAUCCUUCACUUUACAUUGAUGGAUAAAUAAGAGUAAGAAUUAUUUGGAAAAUAUUUUUGUUAAAUAUGAUUGAAUCUUUUUUAACAUCAGCAUUUAUAUUUUAUAUGAUUAUCUACUAAUUUAACUAUGCAAUAAAUGAUAAAGGACACACUAAUGAUUUAAAAAUGGAAUCAUUAGGUAUUAUUUAUUGUUUCUUGAUUAUUAUUACUUUGAGGGUAUCUUUUAUUUUAAAUAAUUUUGGAAAAUUAAUUUAAUUAAAACUAAUAUUUAUUUUAGUCUUAAUAAUUAUAUUUCAUGAUUAAUAUAAAAAUGAAACUUAUUAGAUAUUUACUAGAUACAAUUGUAUAAUUUCAAUAAUAUAAUCAUUAAUAUUAUCUUUUACAAUAAGAUACUUAUUUUAAGAUGUAAUACGAUUACGAAUAUUUCCAAGUGUUUAUGAAUAAUUGUAAUUUAGGUAUGAAUAAGAUAAUGAGUCAAUUAAUAAUCAGUAGAUUAUCAACCAAUAUUUAGAUUAACAAAUGUAUAUUAAAUUUUGAUAUCAUAGAAAUAUAUCACAUAUUAUAUCUUAAGUAUUCAAAGAUUGCAAAGUUUUAUCUCCAUAUAUUUAAGAAAUAUUGAAUCCUGGGGAUACAAAAAUUACAGAAAUGAAAUUAUCGAAAUUGACUCUUACAAUAAAUGACUUAAUAGUGGAAUAGAAGUUUCUAUCAAUAAAACUGUAAGAAUCACUCAAUAACUAUCGCUUAUUUUUGACUUUGUUGUUGAUCUACUUUGGAAUAUAUUGUUUCAUCGAUUUUUUCAUUAAUCACUAAAGACUUCAAACUGGUUUACAAUAUAUAACAAUAUUCUGUAUUUUUGCCAUCAUCAUCACAUACAUAAUGAGCAGGCAUUUUUAAUAAAAUUACUAUGUUAAUUCUCAUAUGAUUUUUGUUGUGUUGUAUAUUAUUAAAAUUGCAUUCGAUUGGCUGAGUGAUGAUCUUAGUUUCAUAAUGUCAUCAGUUUUAGUAGUUUUAUUUACAACAAAUAAUACAAUGAACAUAAACAUUAUACCAAUUUUUGUGUACAAUAUAAUUUACAUCAUACAAUUAAUAGUAAGAAUCAUAUUGGUUUUAAUUGUUGAUUCUUCUUUAUCUACUUAAGUCUAUUAUAAUCACACUAGAGUUGUGAUUUAUGGAUCUAGCACUUCAAUCCUUUUGAUGUUAAGCUUAACUUUUAGUUUACUUUAUACAUUAUAUAAAACAAUAUAACACAGAAGAACUGAUUUUUUAGCAAAAUAUUAGAUAGAACAAGAUAAUUUGGCGGCAAAUGAUAUAUUAUCAAUUUUAGUCCCUAAAUUUGUUCGUAAUCAAAUUUAACUUGGUAGUUUACAUAUGUAAGAAGCUUAAAAUGAUGUUUCUAUACUUUUUUGUUACAUUUGUGAUUUUGAUUCAAUAAUGAAGGAAGAAGGAAGAAAUGUGGUUUUAAUGCUAGAUUCAUUAUUUAGAAUAUUUGAUAAUCUAUGUUUAUAACAUGGAGUUUAAAAGAUUGAAACUGUAGGGUAUACAUACAUGGCAGCAACUGGUAUUAAAGCUUCUGAAAUCAAUAUUUCCCCUCAUAUGUUAAAAACAGAGAAAACCAUGAGACUUGUAAAUAUGGCAUUUGAUAUGAUGGAAUAAAUUAAAGGAAGAUAAUAUGGAAAAGGAAAUUAAAUAGAAAUGAAAAUUGGUAUUCAUGUUGGCAGAGUUAUUGCAGGUCUUAUUGGGCAUCAUAAACCUUAAUUUUCUUUGAUUGGUGAUCCAGUUAAUUAAACAAGUAGAGUUGGUUCAACGGGAGAAAUUGGUGCAAUAACACUUUCAGAAGAAGCUUUUAAAUAAGCAAAACAUGGUAUUAGAUACUAUCAUAAAAAAUAAAAGGAAGCUAAAGGAUUAGGUUUGAUCGAUACUUAUUAAGUUUUUAAAAUUAAACCAAACAACUAUUAAAUUCCAAUCAAUUAAUAACGAUGGUAAUAAUUAGCUAAAUUAGUUAUUAAGUAAUAGAAACUAAAAAAAAAUCUUGCAGGAGAGACUUAAAAAGAAACCAUUUUAUAGAAAAUUUAAAAUUCAUUAAAUAAUUUACAUGAUAAUAGUUUUUGGGGAAGUUAAAAAAUAUCUAAUUCACCCAAAACUUAAUUUGCACAAUCUUUAUUAAAUGUACACUCUUUGCCUGAUCAACGAAGACAUAGUUAAUUAGAUACUAUUCCAAUUUAGAGUUUAGCAAUUUUAGAUAGUGAAGAGACAUAAAUAAACGAUCCGUAAUAAGUUUCAGAUGAUGAUGAGAAACAUAAAGGAUUGCUAAAGCCCAAUUUAUUGUUAAUGAUUCCAGAAAGUUAAAACGAGAUAAAGAGAAGCUUUUAUAAUAUACAUUAUGAACAAUAAUAAUUUGAAAGUCAUUUUGGUUUACUAUCACUUUGGAUCAUUUAUUUUGUAAUAACACUACUUAAUAUUAUUAUAAGAUAAUUCUUCGGACAAUAAUACGAUAUAUUUUUUAUUAGAGUAUUAAUUUAUUAUUUAUGAUUAGUCCUUAUUUUUAAUUUGCUUGGUAAUUUUAUUACCUAUUAUUAAACAAACUUAUAAAAAUAUCUACAUAAAUUGGAUAUUUUAUAUUGUAUUUUAAUAUGGAACUUUUACUAUCAUAUAUGGAACAUAUCUAGCUAAUAAUAAAUUAGUUUCCACAAUUUCAAUGGUUGAGUUGAUUUAUUUAGUUAUUGUAGUAUGUUCUUUGAAGAUGUUUACAUUUGUUUAAAUUUUAAUUUUUAUGCUUUUGCUUUUUACAUCAUUUUUAGCAUUAUUUAUUGAUAACAAAUAAAUAACUCAUUAUUAUGUAUUCUAUUUAUUAUCAGCAAUAAUUUUAUCAUUAAUAGGUUAUUAUAAAGGAAUGUCUGAGUUAAUAGAAAUGUAUAAUAAUUUGUAAUUGAAUGAAUAGAAGAAGGUUAAAUAGAUUUCAUUAGUGAGUCAAUUAUUACCAACACAUUCAUAUUUAAAAAUGAAAAAUAAUACACUUUAUAAUCGAUCUGAAUUUAUUGAUGAUUUAGAUGAUGUUACUUUAUUAUUUGCAGAUAUUAAAGGAUUUACAGAAUAUUCACAUACUUAAUCUCCAGAAGGAGUUGUUAAGAUGUUAAGAAAUCUAUUUACUGAAUUUGAUAAAUUGUGUUUACAAUUUAAUGUUUAUAAAAUGUAUACUAUUGGAGAUUGUUAUGUUGUUAUGGGUUUUUAAUAAGCUAGUAAGAGAAAUGUAAUAUAUUUAUUUAUUAAAAAUUAGCCAAUUCAAGAAGCCAUUAAUACUGUGAAAAUGGGAUUUUCUAUGAUUGAAAUAAUAAUGGAAGUAAGAAAAUUGAUUGAUUUUCCUUUAUUAAAUAUGAGAAUAGGAAUACAUACAGGAUCUAUAAUUGGAGGAAUUAUAGGAACAGAUAUAGUUCGAUAUGAUAUUUAUGGAUAGGAUGUUAGUAUUGCAAAUAAAAUGGAGAGUUCUGGAACUGAAGGACAUGUGUAAAUAUCUGAAACUACAAAAUUAAUGAUAGAGAGAGCAGAAAGAAAUCCUUUUGUAUUUUAAUUUAAAUAAAAUGUGGAAUUAGCCAAAUUUAAUACUUCAAUAAAUGGAUAUCUAGUAGAAUGGGAAAGAAAGAAAAGGGAUCGAGGUGAAAGUCAUUUUAGAGGGGAACCUAAUUUAAUGAGAGAUAUAAAAGAAAGUCAAAAUUUGUGA